AUGCAGAUUCCUGCCAUGAUGCCUUUGCUACUUGUGUCCAUGGGCCUCAUGGACACACUUCAGGUCCACAGCCACCUCAUCACACAACGAGAUGUCUUCUCUCAAGAAACACCCCUAGACAUGGCCCCAGCCUCCUUUGAUGACCAGUACACUGGCUGUGCAGCAGCUAUGAUGGCUGCCCUUACAGAUCUCAACCACACGGAGUUUCAGACCAAUAAAGUGUAUGCAGAUGGCUGGGCACUGGCAAACAGUCAAUGGCAGGAGCGCCAGACCUGGGGGCCAAUGUGGGGCCUCAGCCCUACCCGCCUUCCCCCACCACCUCCAGGCUUCCGAGAUGAGCAUGGGGUGGCCCUCUUGGCCUAUACAGCCAACAGCCCCCUGCACAAGGAGUUCAAUGCAGCCGUGCGCGAGGCAGGCCGCUCUCGGGCUCACUACCUCCAUCACUUCUCCUUCAAGACACUCCACUUCCUGUUGACUGAGGCCUUGCAGCUGCUGGGCAGGGGUCAGCGUUCACCCCAGUGCCGCCAGGUGUACCGAGGGGUGCAUGGCCUGCGCUUCCGGCCAGCAGGGCCUGGGGCUACAGUAAGACUAGGGGGCUUUGCCUCCGCAUCCCUGCAGAAUGUUGCAGCCCAGCAGUUUGGAGAGGACACCUUCUUUGGCAUCUGGACCUGCCUUGGGGCUCCUAUCAAGGGUUACUCCUUUUUCCCUGGAGAGGAGGAGGUGCUAAUCCCACCGUUUGAGACCUUCCAGGUGAUCAAUGCCAGCCGACCCGCCCAAGGCCCAGCCCGCAUCUACCUCCGUGCCCUGGGCAAGCGCAGCACAUACAAUUGCGAGUACAUCAAAGACAAGAAGUGCAAGUCUGGAUCCUGUCAUCUGGAUAACUCAGCUACAGGUCAAGGCUCCCUCUUCACAGUCUGGUCCCUUCUGCUGCUGCUCCAGUUCCUUGUCGUGGGGUCCCUUCCAGAGAGUCCAGGCUUCCUCUGA